CAUUUGAGAACUUGCUAGCAGUGAAAUGUUUAAUCUCUGUCACCUUUGAGCAACAUUAAUAUGCCGGUCACUCAUGAUGCCUUUGUGCUUUGCUUAUUGUUUCAUCGCAGUAACUGGUUUUUCUGCUGGAAUCUUCUUAGACUGGCGCUUAUUGUAUUUAAUGGCAAUGGCUCGCAGCACGAUAUUCGAUAAAACCAAAUAAAACCAAACUAAGAAAUACAAAUACCAUCAAUCUCACUACCACCAUCACGAAAAUGCCAUUCUUUAGAUUAAGAAGAAAGCACAAAAACGUUUCGGAUCAAUUAAAAAACUCUAAUCUCGGUAUAAAUGCCAGAGCUAAAAAUAGCACGAUUUUCCGAUCGCCAACCUCUUUAAAUUUCGAAUUUAUAAAGCUCUUUAUGACCGAUAAUAACGUCCACGCAGCUGUUCGUCCCGAACCUGAUUACUGUGAUCUAGAUCUGUACAUAACUCGGUGGUCUAAAUCUGAUGACGACGAUAACGUCCAUUCUACUGAUUAUCCCAGAUCAAUUUAUUACCAUGAUGCCGAUGUGUAUGGAGCUGAUCAUUCUGAAAGAAACCCCACCUCAACUACCGAUGAUAAUAAUGACAAUAAUGAUGAAGCUUCUGAAAAGCCUCUCGGUGUUUCAAAAUCUAGCAAAUCUAAUGAUUCUGGUGAAUUUGAUGCAAAUAUCGGAUCUUCUACUCUUACCUUAGAUUUGAUAUAUUCACCUUCUAAAAAUUUUGCUGGACUUUCAACUCCUCAUGGUUUUGAACAUGGGAGUCAAUUGACCUCCUUUGAUAUUAACACCAAAAUUGCUAGUCUAGAUGAUGGUAACCGUAAACAUGUCCUGAAUCAAGAUCCGGAUGUGAUCGAUAUGUGUGAUGAAAACUUAGAAAAGGCAAAUGAACAGUCUUUACAAAGUUCAUUGGAAAAAACUGAAAAGUUAAACAAUUUAGUGUUGGAAGCUAUUCAAAAAACAGACUCCCCCUUAUUUAAGAUUCGCGACGUUUUUGAUUAUAUCGAAUCCUCCAAUGCUUUCAUACACUUGAUGAAAGGUUCAAAAAUCAGUCAAGAAAUAAAGAAAAGCAUUAUCAUUAGCUUUCUUAAGAGAAGAGAACUUGUUUUCAAAUGUCCUCAUUGCUCGACAAUAAAUUGUGUGUAAUACAUUGUGUAUUUUGUUUUCCAUAAUCCAUAAAUAUUCAUACAAAUAUUUUUAACAUAAUGUACUUGACUUGUAGGGCUUGAAUUUUUUCCAAAAC